AGAUAUGUAAAAUGAAAGAUGUUUGAAUCUUGAAAUCAAAAAGUUAUCACAAAGAAAAAGGACAUUCUUCUUUUUUUAAUGACUAAUUAAAAAAGAAAAUUAAGACAAUCAAAUUGAAACCGAACUGAGCAAUAAUUAGUCAGUCCUGUUUUUUUUUUUCCUUUCACUUUGCAAAAAUUCAAUUCAUGUUUGUCAGGCAGGAUAUUUAAAGUGAGAGUAAUAUAAUUAAUUAAUUCGUAUGAUAAAAACAUCGACAAGUGGGGUUCAUGGUUGUGUCAUGGUUUUAAACUAGAUUAUUGAUAUUUCAGUUCUCUGAAUAAAAAAAGUCAAUAAGAAAAACGUGGAGAAUGAUUAUUUUCAAUAUUGAGGGAAAAGAUUAAUUUUUAAAGUAAAGUUUCCAUUAGGUGAGAUUAGUUAAGGGACGUCGAGAUCAUCAGAAUACCAAGUCCACAAAGGCAAUAGAUUAGGCAACAUUUAGGUGUGGUGUCAAGUUUAGGAAAGGCUGGUCCACCAAACUUUUGUGUGUCUUAACACUUAAAAUUUCAUAGAUCACAAAUGAUAGGAAGUUUGAGACUUUUAGGCUACAUUUUGAAUAAAAACUAUCUAAAGUUUGUGAUUAUCAUGCCAAACUUUACAUAAAAAUGAUUAAAUUUUUUAUAUAAAAGUAUACAAUUUGGAUGGCCAGGUCAAAUGCCACACAAAUUAGUAUGAAGAAUUUGCUUGCUUUCAAGUCUAACUUCAACCACAAACUUUAUGAAUUUCAAUCUCCUAGUUACUUAAUUUUCAAAAUGACUAAACUUACCAAAAUGUAUAAACUGAGGCUAUCCCUGCCUUAAUGGCUAUUUGUGCAAGUUCGGCCGUCGAAGGCUCAGCUAGGCCCACUUCAUAUUUUCGUUGUCCAUUUCGGCCCAAGUAGUUUUAGGAAGGAAUUUAAGCCCACCGUCUAUUUUUCACUUCCCGCUAUUUUACUUCCAUUUUGUUUUUGCCGCCAAGUAGAUGUGGAUUCCUUAUUUACUAAGUUUCUCAAAAUCUGUAGAGAGAGAGAGAGAGAGAGAAUGCUAGGAAGAGUAAGAAGAUCGACGAUUAGUUCGCUGGAGGAAUUGGAGUUGGAGAGGCCAUCGUCGAAGUUCAUCAAAGCUGAUUCUCUCUCCGUUUAUGAGACAACCCUUCUGAAGUUAAGGGAAGGCUCUAGACGUGAUACAAGCUUUCCUGCAGAGAGUUUAGUAGAUGGGAAUAUAUGUUGCAUCACUUCAGGUGGCUCACCCAAAGAGGAGGCAUCAAUAAAUUCUCCCAGUGAACAUGUUGAAGAUACUAUUAGUUGUCAGCCCACAGGCUCCUUCAGAGAAAUUCAGAAGAGCAACUUCUCACUUGCUUACAUGUUUUCCAGGUAUAGAAGAUCUCAAUGUGCUGGAGGCACAAAUGAGGAGGAUGCAAUGCUUAUAGAAGAUAAUACUUGUUCUGCCAACUAUUCACUUAGUCCUAACAAUUCUCAGUUGAUGAACAGCUCAGUACAGUCUACAGUACAGGAAAACAUUUGUUCCUCUAUGAUUUAAGAGUAAAUGUGGAAUAAAUGGUUGCAUUGUUCUCGUGGUCCAGAUCUACUGUCAUCAUGUAUUUUUUAUUUAUUAUUGCGUAAGAGUUGUUUAUACGUGGAGUAGUGGAACCAAAUCUUUGAAUGUUGUGAGUUUAGCUCUUCACGUUCAUCUCAAUUGACCACAAUAAGUAUGAAUGUUGUAAGAAGCAUGAAGUUACUUGGUUAUAACUGGAUGUGGUAUUUGCUACUGCCCACAA